UUUAGAAGGUAUAUAUUCAUAGCAUACUGUAUUACUCUGUAACCCAAAACCAGUAAAGCUAAGAAGAGUAGAGAAUCAGAGAAAAAAAAAGACAGAUACAAGGAAGCUAUGGAAAGAGAGUGACGCAGAGAGAACCUGAUAGAAACUUAUAUUCGAGAAGGUUUGGUGUUUUGUGAGCUCAAUUUGAUGGCUGCCAGUGGAUUAAAAUGGCGGGUUUCGAGCCAGAUAUGGAAAUUGUUGAUUGGUUUUGUUGUUUUAGCUUCAGCCUUUGUAAUAGCUGAUCCAGGUUUGAGAGUAGGAGCUUCUGCUGCUGUAGCUGUGCCAGUCAUGGAACAAGAAGAAUCUAGUUAUGGUAAAACUGAAGGGGCUGAUUAUGGACAUGUUAGGAGGAUAUUGAAUGGACUGUGGCAGAAAGGUCAAGGUCAAGUUGUGUACACGCAUGUUUGGCCGGAAAUGGAAUUUGGAUGGAGAAUUGUGGUUGGAACAAUAGUUGGGUUCUUAGGAGCAGCGUUCGGAAGCGUGGGAGGUGUUGGUGGGGGUGGCAUAUUUGUUCCUAUGCUUACUCUCAUCAUUGGUUUUGAUGCAAAAUCAUCAAUUGCAAUCUCAAAAUGCAUAAUCACAGGUGCAGCAGCUGCAACAGUUUACUACAAUUUAAGGGAGAGGCAUCCCACACUUGAACUUCCCAUCAUCGACUACGACUUGGCGCUGCUUUUUCAACCGAUGCUGGUGUUGGGAAUUAGUGUUGGAGUUGCUCUUAAUGUGAUUCUCAGUGACUGGAUGAUCACAAUUCUGUUAAUCAUCAUCUUCUUAUUCACAUCGACAAAAUCAUUCCUCAAAGGUGUUGAAACAUGGAAAAAGGAAACUAUCAGCAUGAAGGAGGCUGCUCGACGUUUGGCCUCGCAAGGUGAUGGUACUGAAGAAGUGACUUAUAAACCUCCUCCUGGUGAAACAAAUGGCCCUCAAACAGAGACCAAGGAGUCUAAAAAAUCUAAGGUUUCCAUGCUUCAGAAUGUUUACUGGAAGGAACUAGGGCUUCUUUUCACUGUUUGGACAAUAGUCCUUGCACUUCAGAUUGCUAAGAAUUACUCAAGAACUUGUUCCGCGGAAUAUUGGGCGCUGAACAUAUUGCAGAUUCCGGUGGCAACUGGAGUCACCGCGUAUGAGGCGGUUAACCUUUACAAAGGGAGGAGGAAGAUAGCCUCCAAAGGAGAAUCAGGCAUAAACUGGAAAGUACAUAAAUUGGUUCUUUAUUGUGCUUGUGGAAUGUUGGCUGGUAUAAUUGGUGGAUUGCUUGGUCUUGGUGGAGGAUUCAUUUUAGGUCCACUCUUUCUUGAGAUGGGGAUUCCUCCUCAGGUGUCAAGUGCCACAUCCACCUUUGCCAUGACAUUUUCUGCAUCAAUGUCUGCUAUAGAAUAUUACCUUCUGAAGCGAUUUCCGGUUCCUUAUGCUCUCUACUUCUUUGCUGUGGGAACUAUUGCUGCACUUGUAGGACAACAUGUGGUAGGAAAGCUGAUCAGAUUAUCUGGGAGAGCAUCUGUAAUCAUCUUCAUUCUCUCCUUAACGAUUUUCGUCAGUGCUAUAACAUUAGGUGGCGUUGGGAUAUCUGACAUGAUCAAGAGGAUUGAGAAGAAGGAGUACAUGGGGUUUGACACCUUAUGUUGAUAUAUGAAGCUUAGACUUGAUCAAUUUCCCCUCUGAAAAGCCACAGAAUUAUUUUUCUAAAACUACAAAAUUUCUGCUACUAAUAUAUAUAUAUAAGGUUUUGCAGCUGCAUUUGCUCUGAUUGAUAAUUUAUAAAAUGAACUGGAAGCUGACUACAGGACUAAUAUAGUAUCAGGAAGUUCAUCAUUGCAAUGCAUUUAUCGCUCACGGCAGCUUUGGUGAAUGAAUCACA